UGGGAAAGUUGAGUGAAACUUUUUGGGGGUUUUAGUCGUGCAACGGUUUACAGUCAGGUCCUUCACUUUGAAGCCAUGACCACUGAAAAAUCAAGUUCGGUGGUUCCCCUACUGUCCAGUGCUCUUCACAGAAUUCGGGCAACACCUCCUCGCAUCAUCACAUCACCUCCCACUCAACCUCGCAGGGCUGCUGUUGCGAUUCUUAUUCGAGUCGUCCCAUCACCGUCGGCACCCGCACCUGCACCCGCUACCGAGAAUGGCCAGCUUUCUCUUUCCGACUUUUUCAAACUUGACUGGGUCAAUACACCUGGCGCUCGACCGGAAAUACUCUUUCUGAAACGGGAAAGCCCGUCACCGGAAGAGACAGUUGUCAUGCAAGCUAAGGCUCACCGUGGAGAAGCUCAUCUAGCUUUUCCAGGGGGAAGAACUGAGGCUGACGACGAAGGAGGGAUGUAUACUGCUCUUCGACAGACCUGGGAAGAGAUAGGCAUUGACUUGGCAGAAAAGGAUUACAUGUGCAUAGGACAACUCGAUGACCGCGAGAUAACUACGUCGUUGGGAAAACGACUUCUCAUGAUCCUCUCACCUUUCGUAUUCCUGCAAAUCACAUCCCAAGCUGCUCCACCUGAUCCAGUUUCCUCGACCACAUUACAUUGGACUCCUCUAUCUUUACUUGUUUCCCCUCAAACUCCACCAAAGUGGUCGACGGUUACGGUGGAUGCUGCGUCACGCCUUGCACCAAAACAUUCUGUUGCUCUCAAACUACUGGUCCGCAUCCUCGUCGGCAGCAUGCAGUUCCCUGCUAUAAUCAUUGAACCUUCGACCUCCUUUCCUCCUCCGAGCCAUAACGACACUCCAGAGGUCAUGAAACUAUGGGGUCUGUCCCUUGGAAUGACACUCGAUCUGAUGUCAUACAUGAUCAUCCCUCCAAAUGAAACGCCAAGUUACCGGGACACGAAGACUACCGAUUCUCGAACAACGACACCGUUGAGCUCGGUGAUGCAGUUACCUUACCAUACUUCUGAGUUUUUACGGAUGGAGGUAGUCGCACCCAGCCUAGCCAGUGUGUUUCCAAGGUUUUCUUAUCCUGACGUCAACUUUUGGAUUUGGGUAUUUGGCAAACGGUAUAGGGAAGUCGUGAGAGGCUGGGAAGCCAGUAUCAGGACUGGAGGCGUAAAUGAUAGAAGAAUAAACUGGUCGGGACAAGCUUUGAGUACGUUCUAUGCCUCCAUCCGGAAAGCGCUGGUUGUUGUCAUCGUGGCCCGUGCACUUGGGAUCCUUUUUGGACUGGCUUUCGCCGGAUGGUGGAUAUUCGCCACAUGA